CACACACAGAUUAACGGGGUAAGCUGUGCCUCUCAUCUGGGAUAAAUGCGGUCAGAAAGAGGAACAGCUGAGCAAACAGCUCCAGCAAGAGGAAGAGAGCAGAGUGAAGAGGGAGAGAGAGCAGCAGGGAUGACGGACUAUUCAUCCCGCCAUAGUGCUGUGGAUCGGCUGCCGCGUUGGAUAUGUGUCAGCCCCCAACCUGGAAAAAUGGGAGCCGGUGGAGAUCCCUCUCCUCAACACAUGCAAAAAACCCCGGCCACUGACCUCUGCUACAAGACUGAAAUCAGCAGUCUCAUGGACUUCAACUCUCCAGACGCCUCACUGGACAAAGUUCUGCUGCGUGAAGAGGUGGCCCAGCUCCAGGAGGAGGUGCACCUGCUGCGGCAGAUGAAGGACAUGUUGAGCAAGGACCUGGAGGGGACCCAGGGAAGCUGCUCGGCCGAUGUCCUCUCUGCCACGGAGCUCCGAGUGCAACUGGCCCAGAAGGAGGAGGAGCUUGAUCGGGCCAAGGAGGCUCUACAAGCCAUGAAGUCUGAUCGUAAACGUCUCAAGGCGGAGAAGGCUGACCUGGUGAACCAGAUGCAGCAGCUUUACGCCACGCUUGAGAGCCGGGAGGAGCAACUUCGUGACUUCAUCCGCAACUACGAGCAGCACAGAAAAGAGAGCGAGGACGCAGUAAAGGCUCUGGCAAAAGAGAAAGACCUCCUGGAGAGAGAGAAGUGGGAUCUGAGACGGCAGACCAAGGAGGCCACGGAGCACACAGGGAUGCUGCGCUCACAGCUCGACCUCAAGGAGAACCGCAUCAAGGAGCUGGAGGCUGAACUCGCCAUGGCCAAACAGUCGCUAGCCACCCUGACAAAGGAUGUGCCCAAGCGUCACUCUUUGGCCAUGCCCACAGAGGCAGUCGUCAACGGCAACAACCAGGAGUGGGUGAUGCAGGCAGAUCUUCCCCUGACUGCUGCCAUCAGGCAGAGUCAGCAGACCCUCUAUGUCCACACAGGCCAUCCCACUGACAGACAAGUGGCUGCUGUGCGGGUGAGCCCGAUCCACUCGCGUCAGCCUUCCAUCAUCUCUGACGCCUCUGCAUUGGAGGGAGAUCGGUCAUCCACGCCCAGCGAUAUAAACUCACCACGUCACCGGACUCACUCCCUCUGCAAUUCCCUAGAAGAUCUGGAGGAGGCGAAGCGUAAGAAGAAGAAAGAGAAGAUGGGGCUGGGCUCUCUGUCGCGUGUUUUUGCCCGGGGAAAGCAACGCAAGUCGCUGGACCCCGGUUUGUUUGAUGGUACUUCCACACCAGAUUAUUACAUAGAAGAGGAUGCAGACUGGUAAAAAAAAAAAAAAAAGCACAGAUUUCUGAGUGAACCACCUGUGGACCACGUUGUGUUUUUAAUGUGUGAGAGGAUGGAUGUUGGAGUGUAUAAAUAUAAUAUAUACGUGCGCCUGUUUAGUCUCACCAGAAUGGGGAUAUUGUACAUGUGUAUGUGCGUGCGAGAGCGCACAGGCUUGUGCCGCCCAUGGUCAGAAGCCAUGUCAGAAGAAGGCUUGCUUUGCUGAAGUGUAACCCUUAUUGAACAAAUUGCACCUGUAUGUAUGUACAGUUCUGUAAAUAGAAACACAGCGACAAUGUGGACAUGCUCUGUUAAAGCUGUGCAAUUGGAUCUUCUUAACUUUUUGUUUUCAUGUAACUGGAAACUUGAAGGACUGCUUUAUCUGUAAAUAACAAUUGUUGUGCAUUUUGUGCUUGUAAAUGUCUCCAUGUUCUGAUUGCCCGUUGUUAAUUUUGACAUGUACCACCCUUCCCUAAAAGCUCAACCCCCCCUUUUUUCUUUUGUUUGUUUUUUUUUUUUUUAUGUCCUGCCUGGUGCCCCCCCCCCCCAACCCCGCUCACCAACCCCCACACAGCCAUGAUGAGAACAGUUUCCUGUAGGCAACAUGCAGACUCCUCAGUUCCAACAAUAAUUUGGUUGUCAGUUGUUUAAUUCCUUAAAACAUUUAAACCGUACAGGGGAACUCACUGAUUUUACCUCAACCAUUGGGUGGAAGCUGUUGAACAUGGAAUCAACUUUCUGUGCUGAGCUCCUUGUUCCACAGCUCAAUGAAGCCACACAGGAAAUGCAAAAAAAAAAAAAAACAUGGUUUCUAUCUGCCAAGAUAGAAGGUACAGUGCCUUGCCAAAGUAUGUAUAUGCCUUGAUUUGGGUUUUUUUCCCACAGUUUGCAAACUAAUUAAUUAAUCAAUUAGUUUUAUGGAGACUUGAGGUGAACCGUUCGAUUGAAGCUUUGGUUCUAGUUGAACCUCUGCCUCAGUCUCAGGUCUCCCGCAGCCUCUACCAGCUAUUACUCCUCCAGGAUUGUCCUGUCUUUAGCUCCUUCCGUGUUUUUAUCGACUCUAACCAGCUUCCUUACUUUAUAAUUCGGCCACCACAGUGUUUCACCAUGGGGUUAAAGGUAGAGUGGACGAUUUUUCUGGAAAUGUAGGUAAGAAACGCCCAAAUCCCUUUUUGAACAAUGGCUCAUGCGCAGCCAGAAAGCGGAAACUAACAAGGAAAAAGCACGUUGGUGUUAGGUGAGUGUGUCACAAUGUGGGACAACCAAUACAUAAGGUGAUCCCCCCCAGAACUCAAAGCUGAAAAAGUUCACCCACUAUACCUUUAAGCCAAAAAGUAAAAUUUAGUUUUAUCUGAGCAGAGCACCUUCUUCAAACUUUCUGCCUUGCCCUCUAUGUGGCUUUUUGCUGGCUUGAAUUUAAUUUCUUAUAGUUGGUGGUGGACACUGUCGCACUAAUCCGAAAAAAGACAAUUUUCCUUCAUCGCAUUAUUGAUCAUGCUUAGAAACGGUUUGUGGACCAGUUUAUUGGGUUUCAAUACCUGUAAGUAUGAUAACAAUGUUUAGCUUCUUCAAGGGUCCUUAUUUAUCAGGGUAUAAUUGCAGGAAAGCUAAUAUUUCUGUUUGCUGGAUAUGAGUUUGUGAAACUUUCUGGUUAGCUGGGUCCACCACUGCUUACAGGCCUUUUCAGAUCUUCAUUCUGCUCUGUGAUCUUCUCGUGUGAGUUACGGCUGCAAUUAACUGAAAGUUUCCAACGUGGAAUGGAGGAUUGAAGUCAACUAAGCUUCAUCUGCUGUGCACAUAGAGUGGAAACAUGGUAUCAUCCCCCAGUGUGAUUCUGAAUUUGUUGAUCAGCAGACUCUAAUGUAGAUAUUGCCAUGCUGAGGAUGGCACACAUCAACUUUGCUUGUAUUCAAAGCACUGGAUGCAUCUGAACAGUGGGCCUGCAUGAGGACCACAGCAUGGAGCUUAGCGCUCAUUUGAGUAAAUCUCACAUGUCUUUCGAAGAUCAGCUCUGCGAGUUGUAAGCCAUAGCCUUUUAGAUCUCCAAUGCCAGUUAUAUGAAAUGAACGUUAACACAGCCCUUGAGCUCAGACGGAUCAAGUUGGUCUGAAAUUAGUUUCUUGCUGUCUUUUGACAAUCUCUUUGUUCUUGACACUCUUCCAUUGAGGUCACAUAUGCAUAGUGAACAGUAAGGAGAUUGUUGUCAUCAGAUUGCCCAUUUGUGAUGUGGAUCUCUGUAGACCCUCUAAAGUUUCCACAGGCCUUUCAGCCUCUUCUCUCGGUAUUGUUCUCCUUAUUCGGCACAUAGUUAGGUGGACGGUUAUUGGUGAACUGGUUUUUAGUCUGCUUUAAACUUUAUCCUUCAUAUGUCUGCCAUGUUCCUUGGUCUUAAUGAUACUGUGUGCUCACUAGUGUUCUCAAACUAACCUCUAAGGCCUUGACAAAACAGCUGGAUUUAUAGUGAGCAGCUAUGUAUAAAAUAGGUAACUUCUAAAGGCAACCAGUGGCCUUGUAUUUUAUUCAGAGGAAACAGAGUAAAGAGAGGUGAAUACAAACACUACGUCAGUGGUGUCCAAAGUCAGUCAUCAAGGGCCGGUGUCCUGCAUGUUUGACGGCUUGUCCUGGUUCAACAUAGCUGAACCCAGUGAGUGUUUUAUUAGUAGGCCUCUGCAGACGUUGAUGACAGACCGAGAAGGUAAAUCAUUCAUUUGAAUCAGAUGUGUUGGGGCAGGUACAGAUCUGAAACAUGCAGGAGUGCGGCCCUCGAGGACUGGAGCUGGACAUGCCUGCGCUACGUCUUUCAGAUUUUCUUUGGUCAAAUAAUAAUAAUAAUACCCAUGUAUGCAUCCGCUGUUAUCUGUUACUCUAUGGUAGUCUAUUACAAAAAAUCGACAAAAGAUUGCGGUUGUGAUGUGACAAAAUGUUCAAGGGAUACUUAGGCAAGGCACUGUAUACACCUGAACAAAUUACUUGCAUGCAAAUAGUCUCAGCCCCCCUAAGCAUGCUGAAAGGGUCCUCAUUACGAGGAAACUUCUUCCUCUGCAUAUGUUGUCAAAAAGGUGCUUUAAAAAGAGAGGUCAGUUACUGAUUUCAUAACUAUUAUUCAUUUUUUUCUACAAUUCAAAUGUAGCAGUUGGAUUUCUAAAAUUGACCUUAUUUUUUAUUUUUAUUUUUUUUGGUCUUAUUUUUUUUUUUUUUAUUAUUAUUCUGUAAGAGUUUACUAAUCCUCAUAGUCCUUUCAUUGUGAAAUUAAUUUAGACAAUUUAAAAGAUCAGAAAUGUUGUCAAGAAACCAACUCUAGUUUUAAAUAUCCAUGAGUUUUCACCCAUUUCUUUCAGUGUCAUGUUGCAGUCGCUCACAGCUAUCAUUGUACUAAUACUCCAAAAAGCUGCUGGGGUAGGAUUAUAGCAGAGGAGCCCAUCUAAAAUUAGAAGCUGCACAUAAAACGUCGGUCAAGACUUUUGCAGACCUCUGGAAUUAAGGCCAUUUUAACUGAUAACUGGAACCUCCAUUAAAAAGCACAUACAAUAAACAAAGGACUCUAGCAUUGGUGAGUGCCACAUCAUAAGGUAAGGAAUCAGGUUUUAAGCAUACCAAUCAAGUGAAAGCAUUGCUUUCCAGGUGACCCCCUGAGCUCACCAGAAAUUCUGCAAUUUAAGCUUCAACCAAAGAAGCAAUUAAAUUUGUGUUAAAGGUUAAUAACUUUUCUUCAAGCAAAAGAAUGUCCAGAGACACAGGAUUCUUUUCAUCUUGGAUCAAAUCGGAGUCUGCACUGCCCCCACUGGAAAUCUCUUCUCUCCCUGACAUUCAGAUAUCACUGGGUAUUCAUCAGCUUCACUAAAAACCCAAAAGAGAGCCAGAAAGCAUUGGAAUUUUUUUUUUUUUACCUGACUUUGCAAGCACAGAGGAUCUCUUCACUCUUCCACUAGGGCUAUGACAAAGUAUUUUCUGCCUUAGUGAUUUUUUUUUUGUUUAGUUUUUCUUGUCACAGUUAAAUGUUUCGCAUCUUCAACCAAAUUUUAAUAUCAGACCAAAUAAAAAACACAAACAAAAAAACACAAAAUGCAGUUUUGACAUUAUGCUUUCAUUUGUUAAAGGAAAAACAUCAUCCAAACCAACCUGUCCCUUUGUGAGAAACCAGUUUCCCUCUAAAGAUAGUUACUGGUUGCAGUAUGCAGACAUGGUGGAUUUGAUGGUGUGCUUCAGAUCUUUGUCAAGCUCUGUAACUCAAGCUUGCUUAAGUUUUGAGUCACAAAUAGAUGACCAAACAGUCUCCUUCAGGAUUUCUGGCAUUGAGCAGAAUUCAUAGAUCCAUAGAUUAAGUCAAAAUGGGUAUUUUCUAUCAAAACAAAGAUUCCCAGGUUGAAUUGAUAGAAUACAACCACAAUGUUUGAUUUCGAAGUCAGUGACUUCGUUUCUCAAUUUGUUUGUUUCUUCUAAAUUGGGACACGUGUUUCUUUUUGAUAUUUAGUAGCCUACUUCAAGUUGUCUGUCUUUAGUGUUUGCUUGAUUCUUAACGUUGGCAGUAAUCUGAGUGUGGCGGGUUGAAUUAAAGCAGAAAUGUAGUUAAUUUCUAUAGUAUUUCUCUGAGGGUCUGGUUGAUUUGGAUGUGUAGUUUUCCUAAAUAAAUUAAAUCAUACUUUGAAAAUUGUGUUUUAUAUUUUCUCAGAUUAUUUCGGUUUUAUGUUCGGUUUAGUUUGAUAAUCCAAAACAUUUAGAUGUGACAAAAACAGAAAUAUAAAUCUGCAGGCAAUUAAAAUAAAAAAAUAACAUCACAUUUGGUUGUAUUUAUAUAAGAACAAUUCAACCAGUUAAUGUAUUCAAUAUCAACUAAUAUGUAGGAAAAUACAGGUUAUUUAUAUGUUUUGAUUUUGCCAAUUACCUGCUGAUGGGGUAAACAACAUAUCAAAUAUAGCAUUGUAUAAUUUCAUAUUCUGAGCCACGGUGUGUUUUUAUUUUUUCCACAAAUACUUCAGUUUUUGUAUAUGAGAUAGGAUUACAUAAAUGAAAUGAAUAUUAUUGUUAUUAUUAUUAUUAUUACCAUUGAAGAGUUUUAUUUAAAAUCAGAGCUGUAGACCUCAGUGUGGAAACUGAGAUAUUUAGAAGUGGGUAGUAGCAACUUUUUAAGGCAUGGCAACAACGUUACGCUCAAAAGAACAACGUAAGAAAAAUAAGAUUAUUUUAAAAUAAAAUAAAUGAUAAUGA